CGCACACUUCCCAUCGUUUGAUCUCUGUUUGUCCCCCGGAGAUCCCUAAGGCAUUCCUUCCACAGCCAGCCGCCUUUGCCCGCACACCGUUCGGUUAGCGACAACGUUCAAAUGCACUCUCAGCACAUACAAAUCGCCUCCUCCUCUCCCCUAGAAACCGUGCCUCGGUGACGGUCCUCUUCCUCAGUUAUCAUCAUUAUCGAUAUCACGAUUCCGUUGUCCUUUUAAACCGGCGUCGAUCGGCUUGUUGAACGAUAUCCUGUAUAAUAUACCUGGGUUGUGCUUUUUGUUGUUUGCUGUUUGCUUUUCUAUACCUCUAGCGAUUGUCGUGCUUCUGGGAGGCUAGCCACCCAUUAAAAAGUUCUCGUUCCGUGUCUCGUCUCGCCGUUUGCAGCCUCGAUUUUUAUGCGCAUUUCUCGAUAAUGUACCAUUAUCCCAGUCCACACCCCGGGUGGUCUUCCUACGACUACAUGACCUCCCCUCCCACCUCGCCUCACUACGCCUAUUACGCCACCCAAUUUGCCAGUCCCUACGCCUCGCCUCGUGGCCCCUCGAAGCGCCAUAACCGCAAAGCCAGCUACGCCGGUCCCAGGGAAACGGCAGGAUGGUAUUCCGGGUAUGGCCAUGGUAUUUAUGAAGCGAUGCCGGAGCAGGGCACGCCACCGCGCAAGCACGAUCCUGUAAGUGCUUCUUUUGGUGGCUAUCACCGUCGUCGCAGUACCAUGUCUGGUGCGCCCGCCGGUCAGUGGGAGUCCGCUGGCGCUCCGCCGUCGCACAAGCGACCCAUCUUUGUAGAUGUGGUCGACGAUGGAUACGACGACGCCCCCCGAUACGUCUUUCGCGAGGAACCCAGUCCUCCCCGUCGCAAACCGUCGACGCCUCAGCGCAAGCCAAAGCCACCCACUGAUCAAUACUUUUACUAUAACCAGGUACCUACCCAAGAUGACGUCGAUUCCGCCAAACGCGCCCGGGCGCGUCGCCAAUCUACCUCCACUCGGACGCCGUCAAAGCCCAAGCCUGCACCCGCGGCCAAGCCGCCGCCGAAGGCCACCGAAGAGGACGCUGCGCGUGCUGGUAUCCCCGAAGGAUACUCGAUCAAGAACUGGGACCCGACAGAAAUGCCCAUCAUCCUUUUGGGCAGUGUGUUUGACGCCAACUCGCUGGGCAAGUGGAUUUACGACUGGACUGUAUUCCACCACGGCGCGUCGACCCCUAUGGCAGAUGUCGCGGGCGAUCUGUGGUUGUUAUUGAUCAAGUUGGCUGGUAAGGUGAAACGGGCAGACGAAUGCAUUGAUCGCAUCAAGCGCCGCGAUGCGCGUGAGACGGUUGCGGAUUUUCUGGAGAGUGGCGAACGCCUGUGGGUGCGAUUUAAGAAGCUGCUGAAGACAUGUGAACAGUUCAUGUGGAAGGCCGCCAAGCGCGAGGGUGGCAAGACGGUCUCGAUGGGCCGCAACGCGGGCUGCGAAUUUGUUGAGACGAUCUUCGGCCGGGACCGCGAGCUAGAAAGCACGGAGAAGCUGAUGAACAGCUUUCGGUUAUGGAACAUGCGCUUUGACGCCAACUGCGAGGAGAUUCUUCGCCGACCGUCCUCAGCUUAGAACGGCAUACAACUUCGACUAUACAACCUAUACCGACAUAGGAGACCCCCAAAAGUAAUACUCUGAUUUGAUUUCGACAUAAGCGACGGGAUGCAUUUUUCGCACCGCAACGGAAUACAGGCGCGUGAGCGUUGUCCUUGAUUCUUUAUCUUGAUUCUCAUU